AUGGGCUGCGCUCAAUCCAAGACGAACGAGCAGGACGUGGUCGACCCCAAUGACCCCAACGUGGCCGACUUCACCGGUACCGAGGUCGUGCUGCCCGUCGGCACGGCGGACACGCAGCCUCAGGCGGUGGAGAACCACGAUGUGGCCAAGGAGGAGCCGGCCGUGGAGGUGAAGACUCCUGACUUUGCCCUGCAGUUCGUACCGGGCGAGGUCAGUAUUAACGAGUACGGCGUCGCCUUCUACAACUUCGACGGCUCGAACCCGACCGACCCGAGCCUCGACGUGCACGUGUGCAAGCGCUACUCAGAGUUCAAGGACAUUCACGCGGAGAUCGCCAAGCUCAUGGCCAGCGAGAAGAACGUCAAGGCCGAGGACCGGAACAAGUUCCAGACGUACCCGGCGCUGCCGUCGAUGCCUCCGGCCAACGCCAUCACCUACGUUCUGGGGCGCGGCAACCCCAAGGUGGUGAAGGAGCGCGAGGCGCAGUUCGUCAAGAUCCUGAACGCUAUUGCCAAACACCCGAUCGCGGCACACAGCAAGACGUUCACGGACUUCAUGACUUAG